AUGGUGGGAAGAGAGACUCAAAGUCAGAAAGAAGGAGACAGAGAGAACGAGGCAGAGAAAGAGAGGGAGAGAAAGUGGAUCCAACGUGCUUGGAGGAACUACAAACGCAGGAAAGAACAUACAGGAGGCACAUCAAAAGCAACAUCCUCUGGAAGUGAUGAUGAUGAUGAUGAUGACAAUGAUGACAAUGAUAAUGAGGAUAUGAAUAAUGGAGACAAAAAUAUAGAGGACAAUAAUGAUGAUGAUAAUGAUGAAUUGUUAUCAAACGACGUAAACGGUAACCAGCUGCCGGGUGAAAGUGAUAUACAUUCUUCACAAAUUGACCAACAGAGGGAGACAAACCAAAGCGUGGAGGGAGAGGGAGAUAAUCAACAUCAGGAUUCAACGUCUUCAGGUGGUGAGAGUCAGACAGAACCCAUUGCCAUGACAGCAGUGGGAGGGUCCAAGAAAGGGAUCGCCAUGCUGCAUGACCUGGGUAGCAGCGUGGAGCUGGAUGACAAAGCCUGCUACGAGACAUCACCAGAUACACCGAGCCGAAGACGUCAGGGAAUCAACCGCCUAAGUCUCGCGGAGGAGUUAGCAGCUAUGGAAGAAAGAAUUAUGGAGGAUUCAGUAGAUUUUGACUCUCAGAACGAAGAGAGCGACUAUUAUGCAAGCUCUAGUUGUGUGACCUCGCCCGAAGGGGACGGCGGGGAUGGUAACGAACACAUCGGCAAGAGACCCGUGGUGUCCCUGUCCAGGAAUAUAGGUGGGAAACAAACUCCCAGCCCUAGUGAAAUGAGGACUACAGAGGGCUCCCCUCACAUUGAGUCGUUUGACCAGAAUAAAAACACAAACGAUUUCAACGCAAACGCUUCUUCCUUCCUGAUGGAGGAGACGGAACUCAGCGAGGCUCUUGCAAAACUCAAGACUAAAUUAGGUACGGCUUACAUGGACAAUGAUACCCCAUCCUCAACCCUUAACCCCAUUAGUGGGGAGCAAAGCAUAAAUAGAGUAGGGGAAACGACUCCCAGUCAAAGCAAACCAGUGACACAUUCAAUGACUUCCUCCGUUCUGUGCAGCACCACGACGCUGACUCACACUUCAUCUAUCCCAGUGCAUAGUUCAACAGAUAUAACAAGUGCAGCGGUUACGACAAGCGUGGCAACUACGACAACAUGCAAUCGAGGCACGAACACACAGACUCUGGUCACGAGCACCGCCACCACUGCACCUUGUUCGAACUCUGACCCCUCCCUCGUCGGGAAGAGGUUGAAAAGGGAAGGUGGGGCGCCCCCUAGAGGUGGGGUAUGUAAGAGUUUAUCUGGCAUAGAUACAGCCUUGCCUGUGUUAGAUUGGGAUUCUCUGGAGAAACACCUUGCUAAAAUGGAAAGGGAAGAAGAGCAGCAACAGAGUGCUAAACAGUCCCAGAAGAACUCUCGUCAGGAGAUCCUCCGCAAGCUUGCCAUGGGCGCAGACGAGGAGGCAGAGGGCGACAUUUACGGCAAGGGACGGGACAAGCUCUCCGCGCGUCUCCAGGGCGGCAUGAACCUCCAGAUAUGCUUCGUCAACGAGAACCUGGAUUCUGACGAUGAUGAAGGGUCAAAGGUUGUUGCCAUGCCAUCCAGCAGCACUAUUCCUGGUCCUAUUGUAGGCAAUAGGGAUAGUCGUUACCUCUUCAGUCGGGAAUGCAGUGCAAGUAGUACCAGCAGUGGAGCUUCACCGAAGGCUCCAUCAGUAACCUUUGAAGAUAUUGAAGAUUUCGAAUCCAAGAAAGCACAGCUCCAAGAAGAGGCGAGGAUAGCCUGGGCCAAGGCAGAACCACUUGCUAAACUACAGAUGGAAUUAGAGAGGCAACAGAGAAAGACAUCACCGUCAUCAGUCUUGUGUCAUUUAUCAGGUCUAGGUGAUUUACCGAUCAGUCUUCUUGGCAAGCGGUUCCAGUAUAAAACCUUGAGUAGAAUGUCUGUCAGCAAACUCCAAAUCAUUCUCAAUGAUCUUCACUCACAAGUUGAAAGGCUGAAUGAGGAGCUGGUGCAGUGUUUACUGGCAAGGGACUCUUAUAAGAGGGAACAGGAGUCAAGACUCAUAGACAUAGAGGACCUGAACAGGUGGAUUAGAAUGAACUUACAGCAGAACAACAACAGCACACUCAUCAGCAAAGAGUCUCUCGGGGACGAUGGCCGUAAACAGCGCCACCAGUACGAGGCUCUUCUACGUCUCCUAGGCAACACGCUGCCCGCAUCGGGCAAGAAGUGCUUCUGCGGGGUAAGCCGUAGCUCAUCCGUGGUGUCCAACCGAUCCGCUUCCAGUCCCGAGCCAGAUACCAUCGGGGGUAUCAGACCAGCCCCCUUGAGCCCCAUAAGCCCCGGGAGCUGCCGGUCCGAGUCAGCUGUUAACAGCCUUACAGAGAGCCACGCCUCCAGCCCUGAAAUGACAUGGGUUCGACAGGCCAUUGUACGCUACUGGCAUAAUUGACCACACAUAUAUCUCUCCCUCUUAACCCUAACCACACCCAUGCACCUGUCUACCAUACCAAUACACCCCUCUACCAAUUGUCAUCUACACCCCUACGACUCCACAAACUGAAGUUGCUCUUUAACUUCGAGGGACUCAAUUUAAUAUUGUUUUUGAGAUCCCAAUGUUUUUGUGAUAUCAUCUGAGAAAUAAAUAAAAUGAUUGAAAUUUUUUUUAACUUUUAAUUUGCGUAAUUUUGAAGUACUAUUUUCUAAAACUACGACACAUCUGCAGACCUGUGCAGAUCCAGUCGGAUUAGACAUAAUAGUUUAGAGGGGGCUAACUAUUAUUGUGCAUCACAAGCAAUACUGGCUCUGAAAAGGUAUUAUAUCCAACCUGGUUGGAUCUGCUACUGGAUGAGUGUAAAAGGAGUAACACUAUUUAAUUUCCUUUGAUAAAUGCUCGUAUUCACCAGUAUUAAUAGGUUCUUGAUAUAUUAACAUCAUUUGUAGAAAUAUGCUUGAAAUCACAUAAGAGGGAGAGAUACAUGUUAUAAUAUAGUUCAAAUAAAUUCUUCAUUUUUUGUCCAUUACAUUUCAAUCCUACAAAUUAACCACAUGCUUUUAAAGAAUACAAUCUCUAUAUUCAUAAGAAAUGCAUAUAUUUGUAUAAAAAAGGUAUUUAUUACAUAAUGUAUAGCAGUAAGAAUACAAAAUGCACGUCUUUUCAAUCAUGGGUUUGAUAAAAUGAUAUUGAUCUAAUCAUCGAGUUUUGAUGUGUUUUGAUGUGAAUUCAAUGCUGCAUGAGAAACUGUCUAUUAUCUAGUAACCAGCUGCUUUAUACAUCACUGCUCUUUUGCUAGAAAGUAGACAAAUUUUAAAUGUUUCAAUCUGCUGUAAGAAACUGGUAACAAUACACUUGACAAGUAUAAAUAAAAGUAACUUUGUCUAAUUGAAGCAACUUGUUUUCUUUUUAUCAGCAUCACACACACAAAUUAUCAUUUCUACAUCAUUGUUUUGCUUGCUAGAAACUCAUCCAGAAUUUCAAAAAUUGAAUUUGCUGUGUUGGAAGCUCCUUGAGGAAAUUAACUGGUGAUUUUGAGCUGGCGAGUUACAAUUAUUCUUUGGGAUGGUUUCAUCAGGCUUUUCAUAAAGUUACACAUAAUUUUAAGAACAACUGAAAUACUGCAAGCUAAAUGACUUCUAAAUCAUUUCUAAUCAUAUAUUAAAGCUUAAAUAUGAUUAACAUUCUUCUUGACAAUCAUUUUGAAUGCAAGCUGUAUUUUCCACCAUAACUUGAAUAGUCAGUUAUUAGAAAUACAGUAAAAAUUACUUGAACUGUCAAUAUAUUUGUUUUGCAUCACAUUUGGCCCUCCAUACUCCAGUCAUUUUUCAAGUUAUUUGUAACUUUGCAAAACUCUUCAUGACAUACCCCCUUGCAUCUAGGAUCCAAGAGGUUGAAAGAAUAAUGAGCAAAAAAAUUAUAUAAUUCAUUUUCUUUUCUAUUGUUAUUGUUAUUGAUAUUAAUUUGUGAGCCAUAUUAAUUACAAUAAAUUGUAUUUUUGCUUAUUGAUUUGGCCCAAAGUACAUACAUUCAAUUAAAUGUUAAAUUUUAGUAUAAAUUUCUGUCCAUGUUGAAGACUAAUAAUACAUUAACACAUCAAAGAGGUACCUGGUACAUAUAUUUUAUUUGUCUUGUCUUUUUUUCUGAUACCUUAUUAUUCAAUAAGCAAAAUGCAGUUCAAUUUGUAAAUACAGUUUUCAAUCGAUACAGAAUAUGUUGUAAUACUAUGUACAUGAUUUGUGUGUGUAUAUUUGAAACUUGAGUUUAUUUUUUCAAAAUAGCUUACAAUAUCAUUUAAUAUGAAUUACCUUUGAUGGAAGAGCAAUAAGUAGAAAAUGAUCUCAAAUUUAUUAGCCAUGUUAAAGCUUUUUUUUUAAAGAAUGUAUGUAUAUUAACAACCAUUCUUGGAGAACAUCGCCCUAUGCUGAUACGUGUUGCUUGAUGCUCUCAUUGUAACAUGCGCAGAGGCAACCUUUGCAUACAUGUACAGUGUGUCCCACAAAAAAAAGUGUUUUGAUGAUUGGGAUCUCUAUUCAUGAAAAUGGGUUUUUCCUUUUCCUGGGACACAUUGUAUAGUUUACUUGCUUUGAACAAUCUUUGUACACAGUUUGAAAACAGCAAAGCUUUGAUUUUUUUUUUUCAAGAGAAAGGGCCUAUAAUGGCUGAGAGAUGACAUAUACAUUUUGCUUUCUAGUUUGCUUCAUUGCUUUCAUUUUUUUAUACAAGUAAUGCAAAUUAUAAUUGAAAUAUUUUUGUUUAUGAUUUUCAAAAUAAUAUCCAAUGCUUUCAUUUAUGCAUUAUCAUAUCAAAUUAAUUAUAUUGUUAUUUUUCUCUAUGCUUAUAUUCCUGUCAUUGCCCAUAAUGUAUAUUUUCUAUAUGAAUUGCUCAUAUUAUUUGUACCGAGUGUGUGCUAUAUACCAGAGGCAAUUAGUGUAAGUGCAAACUUGAAUUAACUAAGCACUUUUAUCAUUGCAUACCUAUUAAAGGGGCAUGGUCUAAAGCCAUAUUUCCUCUGAAUAAAUCAAUCUUUUAUUAUUACAUACCAAUUAAAGGGGCAUAGUCUAAAGCCAAAUUUCCUCUGAAUAAAUCAAUCUUUUAUUAUGACAUACCGAUUAAAGGGGCAUGGUCUAAAGCCAUAUUUCCUCUGAAUAAAUCAAUCUUUUAUUAUUACAUACCAAUUAAAGGGGCAUGGUCUAAAGCCAUAUUUCCUCUGAAUAAAUCAAUGUUUGAAAUAAUGAUUAAGAAAAAGACGGCAUACAACUGAAGAUAUAACAGGGUUGGGGCUUAAGGGCAUGUUCUCUAUGCUCCGGAUUCAUGGGGCACAAAAAUGGCAAAAGACAAAUAGAAAAUAAACAGAUAUAACAGAGUCCUCAGAGUUAAGUUUUAUUAAUAUCAAAGGGGAUUUCCAAGGUGUGAUUUCAGCAGUGUUCCAACUGCUCUGAACCAAGGUUUCAUCAUUUAUGGUUCACAGAUCAUUUUAUUCCCAUACACACAAUCUAUUUCAUGUUUCUAGUUAUAUUUUAGAUGUGAGCACAUGGGUCUUCUUAAUAUCAUAAUCAUAGUAAUUGUAUAUCUACAAAAUCAUAGUCUCAUCAACAAAUUUGAGAAUCCAAUAAACAGAGACCAUGACAUUCUAAUUUUAUAUUUCUGAAUUCAUCGAGUUGCGGUAUUGAUACAGUGUUCAAGUUCAAUUUUGGUUUGAAUUCAGACUCUUUCAAUAGUCAUAAUUACUAGUCUAGAAUGAUUUUCCCUCUACAUUUUAUGUUUAAGAAAGCAUUUCCAUUUGAGCUUGAUCUGAGCUGCAAAUUUUGUUCAUAAGAUAUGAUUUCUGAUGCAGUUGUCUUCCAUGCUGAAACUGAUUUUGUCAAUUUCCAUUUUGCCAAUAAGUAAAUAAAUACAUAUUAUGUACAUUAUAUUGGAUUCUUCUUGUAUAUUGAUAUUGUAAAAACCUUUAUAUUUAGUUCACUCCCCUUGCAUAUAUAUAUAUACCAGUGUUUCACAGUUCUACUUUGUAACAUAAAUAAGGAAAGUGCCACGUACAUAUAGUCUGCAAGCUCAGACUCUAUAAUGCAGGGGUGUGAGAGUUCAGAUUUUUAUCUGAUUUCAGAUUUUUUUGUUUUGAUUUUCAGCUUAAUUUCAGCUUAUUUUUGGCCUUCCUCUGUACAAAAAGUAUGGGAGCUCUUUCUAUUCCAGACUUUUUCAACACUCUUCAGCUUUUUUCAGAUCUUUUUAUUUCUGACCACUCACACCCCUGAUAAUGGCAAAUUAAUGUCAAGUUGAAGUUCUAUUCAAGCCUGAAUGGAUUUUGUAUUGUGGCAAUGGUUUCAUUUCACAGUGGUUAUGAAGGUAAAAUAGUAAUGCAUUGACAGAAUUAGGUCAUAGAUUAAGAUUUUGUGUCUGAUUUAUGAAGACUAAUAUAUAUAUUAUAAUUACAGUGUGUAUUUUGGGAGACCUGUCAUAAAUUUUUCAAAAGUGUCAGUUUAUUUUAUUUAUUUAUUACUUAUUGACCAACUGUACCACAAGCCUUAAUUCUUUAGGCUCUAGUCAUAAAAGCAUGUCAGUAAAUUAGAAUGGAAGUGAUUGGAACUUUUCAAAGGCAAAAUGUACUUUUUAAAUCCCUCUGGAAAUCUUUGCUCAAAUUGAAUUAAUCAGUCUAUUAAAAAAUCUGUAGUUGUUUGAAUAACAGAAAGCUGUAUUUACAUGUGAAUACUCUUCACUAAAAUUUGUAGCAGUCUCACAUUAGCUACUGUGUGCUAGCCGCAUGGAAUAUUGUGGCACUUGUGUUUAACACCUUAGCCACUUUCAGGAUUGUGUAUACACAAAAUGUAUGUAAUUGCACUGCACUAAUAAUGAUGCAUAUCAAUAUUAUAAAGGGGCAUUGAGUCUCAUGAUUUAUAGCAAUAUCAAUCUGACCAUCAUUGUGUUCUUCUUACUGGUCAGUUGAGAUGAUUUAAUCAGAAAGUGUCAUUUAAAAAAAAGUAAAACGAAAUUUAAACAAUACAAAAUUGCACCAUUUCAUCCGAUCUUGGGAUCUUACGUCAUAAUUUGUACGUUUAUAGGAGUCGGGAGAAUGAAUGAAUGGCUAUAGAGGCAUAGCAUUUAUCCAAGGAUGAGGUCACAGUGCACCAUUAUCAAAGGCACUUUCCCUUCAAAAAAAAAUUUUUAAAGGUCCUAAAAUAAGGGGGACAUGCGCCCUCUGUGCCCCUCCGUCUACUUAUCUGUGCCUGCAUGGCGAGAUAGAGGUUCAAUUUAUAUGAUGUAUAUUAAAGUCGGUUCUUUAAGUAAAUAAAAGAUAAAAAUUUAAGAUGCAGAAUAUCUUGAAUUGUGAUAAAAAUUUAAGAUGCAGAAUAUCUUGAAUUGUGUAAACCCAGAAAUCAAGCUCAAAUUGAAAUCAAAUUCAUUACAUGUGUAGUGAUAUGAAUCAAAUUAAAAUUAUGAUUGGAUUCUGCAUGACAAUGGAAGUUUGUGUGUAAAUAGAGUUAAAUAAUGAAGACUUGUGUUUUUAUUUUUCUAAUUUCCAAUAAAUAAAGCUUGUUGUAUAUCUUGCUUCUGUACACUAUAGACCUCUCUCCUACUUAAAUAUGGAGGUCAAAUGACUUGUAAAAUGCAUAUUAUAAAUAAUAAUAUUGAUUUUGAAUGACUAUAAGAAGUGAGGACUCAUUUUGCAAGAUAAUGAUAUUGUAAUUAUAUAUGUUGUAUCAUUAAAAGGAUGAACUAAAAGUGACUUUAAAA